AUGCCAGGAACAGCUCAACUAAAAGGAGAAAAUAUAAAUAUCGCUUGGUCGCCGGAUGCGCGCACAAUUGCUGUCGGCAACAAAGCAGACUUGGUACGUUGAUGAUUUUGCGUCAGCGUUAUUCACGACACUUAGUUGACGACGACUUUACUCAUCUAAGACGGAGUUAUUCCUGAUUGUACAUGUAUUGCAGGUUCUAGAGAGUUGUAGACAUCGAAUGCCUAUGGUUAUAUUCGUGUUAAUUGAACUUCGCAAGGUUCUCCAGUCUUUAUUUCCCUUUUCUUUGCAACUUUUUCACAUUGUGACAAAAGUGUUGAUCCUGUGGUCAAGCCUCCAAAGACAUGUUGUCCUUAUCCGUAACCAUAUCAGACCUUUGUACUAAGCCACGUCAAGUAGUUUAACUUAUGACAGUUAUUCAUUUGGAUCACUUCGUAUUUUCCACUCUCUUUAUUAACACUCCAAGUAGUGCACGUUUGAGGGCUUUUAACCAAUUCUUUAUUUUCCCAGAUUACAUGGCUCGAUGUUCGUUCUGGACUGUCACAAAUCCAGUCAGAACAAUUUAAUUUUGAAAUCAAUGAGUUCGCGUGGAAGCCGUCCGGAGAUGUUUUCUUGUUGGCUACAGGCCUAGACAGCAUCUUGGUUUACAGGUACUGCCUUUUUACCCGUUUUAGAAAAAAAAAACCAGGAGUUAUUUAUCACUCCUACUCGAUUAUGCAGUUAACCUGACGUGGUUUAAAAAAAACCGUGAAAGCAGUUCUUUUGUCUGGUUGACGUUUAGUGAUUGCAACGACAGGCGAUCGAUAACCCUGCAAAAGGCGGGUAAAUCCUGACAAAUUAUAAGGUGGCUGCUGGAACACAAAGUAUUAUGGCUUGGUCGUAUACGUUUCAUCGUCCGCGCUGCAAUAGGGAUAAAACGACUGUUAGAAUUUUUAUUUACCAACAGUCCUCAUUUUUCCCUGCAUAUAUCUACUUGAUGCUGUGAGAAUUAAUUGGAACAUUUUCCCACUGUGACACUACCAAACUUGCAUGACUACCGAACUGUGGAUGAUGACUCUGUCUUUAAAUCUACUUUUCAAUUGGGAAACAGGGCCGGUCGCCCUCAGUACCACGACAUGUCUGUUAUUUUCAUAUGCUGUUAGAGUGUUCGCGACUAAGGGGAGAAAAAGACCAGGCCGAGGCUCGAUCUGGCUGUUUUAGUUCACUUAUGAUCUUUGACAGUCGACAGCACCGUGUUUUAUAUCUUUUUUCGACAGCCUUGCACAAUCUUACGGAUACGCUGGCAGCUUUGCAUUACCUCUCGUGUUCUAUGCCGUUUUCUGCAAUACUAGUUCGUGUCCAGUUGAUGGUUCAAUGCCGACCGACCGUCCGACCGACAUUGGCUUUCCUGGCUUCGAAUUACAACGACUUACACAUUGCCUGUUUUUCGGGUGAAGCAGGUCUCCAGUCAUUUAGUUUAUCCGUCAACACAGCAAUUAAUUUAAUCGUUGUCGUAAACAGCAGCGAAGUACUCAUUAUUUAAGAGGGUUUAUUAAUGAAAAUGGGUGUUUUUACCCGGUGUCCCAAACUCCUUUUGAUUUCGGGACGUUUAUACUUACGUCGUGCAGUUUCCAUGUUCUCAGUGUACUAACCCUCGAAGUUAUGUUGCCGUCGCAUAUGCGUCCCAGCAGUCAUUGAUCUAACGUUUGCUUUAUACUCAAGAUCUGACAGAUCUUUAUUUUGGCGGACAUUGCAAAGAUACGCUUCCUGCGACUCCGUUCACAAAUUGGGAUGUCCGCAGCCUUCUUAGCCUUUAAGAUUUUCGAGGACAGCUGAAGUGCCAGUUGUAGAGCUUCCUGGCGUGUCGAUUAUCGGCGCAUUGACAAGCAAAAUUGCAUUUCCUCCACUUUGUGCAGCAUGGAUUGUUUCGGCUUCUCAGGUUACGUUGACACUCUUUGGCACUGACUGUAAGCCCUUGCCUUUGAAACCGGAUAACUUAUCGAGGUCUCUAUUAACUGCCUCUUUACAGCUUGAAGGCAUACAGUUGAGAGUGUUUCGAAAGUGUUCGGUCUAAACUUUUUUCUCAAUGAUCUAUCAAACAACCGCUGAAUGUGUUGUUGUAGACUUCUUUCAUGGCCACGAUGAAGUUCGCCGCUUCACUCCAGUCAACAUCUUUUGGAUUUCUUUGAGUUUCUGACGCGUCUAGAGGUUUAUGAUGUUUCUCAUUCCCUAUCUUCUCUAUCGCCAAACGCCUGGCGAACUUGGCUUUGCUCAUUUGUUAUGUGAAUGUCGCUAGUCAGGCGGGUUUUAAAUCUUGUCCGUGUAGGAACAUUCCUUGUGUCGCCAAAUAGGCCUAAAAAUUUCCAGACGUAAUCAAAGUCGCGAAAGGCAUUGCACUUUUUAGUAUUUCACUCUUGCUUAGCUGGGAAGCACUGCACUUUCCGGAUUCUGCUUAGCUGAUUUAUAUACUGCCUUCCUGAAAACUGUCUUCUUGUUUGAACUUACAGUUUUAUCAAAUAAAGAGGGGUGUUUCGCUGGGUCGCAGAUCGCUUUCGUAGCGGACACACCACAUAUGUUUGCUCUUCCUAGCGUGAUUGACCUGUUCACCUUCGGUACAGAGUCGUGAAUGAGUAAAUGCGCCCUCGCAGCUUGCCCUUUAUGUCCUUGGUUGCCUAGGGUUGGCCAAUCGGGGAGUCAGCUUCCGCAUGUCUCUCCUCAUGCCGAUGCAGAAGUAUCCGGACUUUCGCUCCUUCCCCGAGACUUCUGGUGACUGUGGUCUUUCCUUUUGAUGGAUCGCCUGUCUUGUGAUUUGUGUACGCUGUUUCAUUAAAAGCACCCCGUUCCUCGGUUUCUGAUGGGACGUGACAGGACUAGAACAGUAGCUGUACUCUACGACCUCUAGCGGGUCCUACCAACCCAUACACUCUGCCUGAAUCUCAGACGGAGCUCUCAGCUGCCGCUGUUAGACCCCCUGUUUUUUUAUAAUUUCAAUACUCACCUGGUAUUUUCUGCAUAUUUCUCUUUUCUGCUUAAUAAAUUCUUACAAAUCCUUCCAGUGGAAAGCCUGGUGAAAUGCGACGAGAGAUGAGUAUUCAGGCUCAUCCAGUCAAUGCUAUGUGCCUUCAGUUCUCUCCCUCUGGGAGUUACUUCGCCGUUGGCAGUGCAGACGCCCUCGUCUCCAUCUGGGAUGCUGACGAGUUCGUGUGCUUAAGAACCUUGGCUAGGUGAGUUAAGAUGCGUAUGUCGUAUCCUUUCUUCUUUUAUUUGCAGUUAUCAAACACCCUUGGGUCACGGUUUUUUACUUCUACCACUCCACCUAGCACGCACCUAUAAUAACCUACCUAAUUUAGUGUCCUGGGUUAGGCGGGAUCACCGAGAAAGAACAUUCCGCCCGAUCCCAUUUUAAAUCGUCACAGCUCAGGCUCAGCGCCUUCGGGCCGGCAGCCGCGCAGGCGGCCAGGACCAGCCAGCGGAAAAGGCUGGCUUAUGUGCCGGCUAGAUUCGUUCAGUAACACACAGUUUGCCCGGGAAUGCUUUAGAACUGUAGGGAUUUCCUUGAUUUCUUAGGGUUGUCUCAGUAUUUGAUAAGUUACGGCCAGAAAAUGACGGUUCCAGCCCUCACUCUGCAUCCCAUUUGCGCUUUCUCGUCUUUCAUCCCAGGCUGGAGUGGCCGGUGCGUGCUCUAGGAUUCUCGCAUGACAGUCAACUCAUUGCUUCCGCCAGCGAGGAUCACUUCAUCGAUAUUGGAUGCGUAGAGACAGGUAGUUCUUCUUCUGUCAACCUAUUGCCGUUUGCCUUUCCUAACGGAAAUAUUUUGCAACUUCGCUGAUUAGCAGACAGUCAGUAGGCCACAACUGAACUGAUUCGCAUCCACAAGCCCAGUGAACAUUGAACUAUGUGGAAACAUUAAUAGCCACGUUCCUACCAGCUCCAACACCAGACGCCCAAACUUGUGGGUUUCUCUUGUUUUCUGCAUAACUCAGUCCUCCCAAGACGGAGAGUCAGGCUGUAAUGGAUUUUUUUUAAUAUGGCCUUUUUGGCGGUCUUACGAACGUGAAAUUUGAGUCGUCCUUUCCUAUAUCUGUGAAAACGUGAUUUGCCAGAGAACGGGUACAAAAAGGGAUAUUUUUGUUUAUAUUGACCCAACUGUGAAAAACUGGACGCCUCGGUGGGAUUCGAACCCACGCAGUAAGGAGAAGGCUUUAGUACAGCCAACGCUCUAACCACUUGAGCUAUGAGGCCCCGCCGGACGACUCGAGUUUAAUCACAUUUGGGUCAAGUUACCCGUCCAGCCUACUGCAACGUCUGGAAUCCACCAAAUCCGAUACAGUAAGUUGACUGCCCAAGCAGGAUUUCCUAAGUAAUUCACCUAGAAUCCGCCAGAUGACUACCGGGCUCACGUAAUUCAUAGAUGUUUUGGCAGAUUUUGAAUAAUUCAUAUUGACCCAACUGUGGAAAAUUGCGUGGGUUCGAAUGCUACCGAGGCGCCGAGUUUUUCACAGUUGGGUCAAUAUGAAUUAUUCAAAAUCUGCCAAAACAUCUAUGGAUAUUUUUGCGUUUGCUUUCCACAAAAUAUGCUGGGAUACAUACAAGAUCGUUGAAGAAGGUGCAUACCACAUAGGCAGUCAUUUUUUACAGUGUGAUGCUUGCAUACGGCGAAAAGAAGCGUGUUCAAAAGCCGGUACGCUGGUGUUACUGAAAUAUUUUCGGAUUAUGCUUCACGAUGCUCAAUAUUACAAUCACACGUGAGUAGCCCUUUUUAGUUGGUUAGUGUUUCACUGAGGGCUUGUACCCACAGACAUCAGCCUUCGGGCCUUUUCCCCAUACUGAUCUUGCCCGAAUAAUAAGGUUUCUCCAAAUCACAGGAAGUCAAUACCUGCCUUUCAUCGUCCCCGUUUCACACGAAAUGUCCAUCUUGUAAUCUUGUUUUAUUUGCUACUAACUGUUUAUCAGUAAGCAGACAUUUCUCGGAUCACGCUUUCCUUGUUUCUGCAUCGUUACUCGUCGUUCUUUGUUCAUUGCUCUCUGUUGUCGUUCGCUUUUAAAUCGACCAUCACGCGCUGAUGUUAUUCACUCGACUGCUUGUUCAGUCAUCUCGAGUGUAUGUCUCCUUUUUAAUUUAUACCCCGCCUUGUUAACUCUAUCGUGCUCGGCUAAUCUUACAGCUUAUUACAGAAGCACAAAGAAUAUCAGAGUUACUGCGACUUUCUUCUGAUAUAGCCUUUGACUCGGGUGUGUAUAUUCUGGCGAAUAAACUAGCACUGGAUCGAGAAAAUCCAAAGAAUUUUAACUCCCCCACCGAUAAGGACAGUGUACUUUUUGUGGUUCCGUUGAGCCCUGUCGUUCGGUGAAGAUCCGGGCUGGCCGGAGCAAGUAUGACUUUUUCUUCCUCCCCUCUCUUGCCAUGUACAGGUGAACAGGUCUACCGACUGGGCACACAGUCUGCGGCCACAUUCGUGCUGGCCUGGCACCCGCGUUGCCACCUGCUCACCUACUCUAGUGAGGCCAAGUACGAACGCGAUCAGGGCAUCAUUCGCCUCUUUGGACUGCCCCUGUCAUCCGAUGGCGGGGAUCGGAAGCCGGCACUAAUUAGCGAACACCCUGCCUGA